AUGGUUUGCGGGCGGCGUUACUACUGCGACUACUGUGAUACGAGCUUUCCGGAUAGCCUGGUCAACAGGCGGAACCACUUGAAUGGGGCGCGCCACGUCCAAUUGAGACUGGAGUAUAUGCAUCCAUACAGAGAUCCCACAGAAGUACUAGCUGCGGAGCGAUGCAAGCGACUCUGCACGACGUUUCAGCGAACUGGCGCGUGCCAGUAUGGAGUGACUUGUCGGUACUCUCAUUUGACGAGGGAGGAGGAGGCACGUCUUCAGGCAGCAGCGGAACCGGUGCAGGAUCCAAUGCAAGCAGUUUGGGAACUUGAGGAGAUGGUGCGAAGGAGGAGAAACAGUUUGAGGGCUUCGAAAUUACCGAAGGGUUUUAGGUUUGAGGAUCUUCCUUCUUCUGUCAAACGAUGUCUCGAUGAGGGGAAUGUUGACGACGCGAAUCGAGGGUGA